AUGAUGCUGACCCAAAGCGGUAGAGAAAAACUUUUGAGCAAAAAAAUCCUUGUAUGUGGUAUUGAUCCAGACAAAUACAAAAGAAUCUCUGCCUGUCAAUCUGCCAAGGAGAUUUGGGAAGAUCUCCAAACAGCACAUGAAGGAACAACUCAAGUCAAGCAGUCAAAGAUUGACAUGCUCACCACUGAGUAUGAAUUCUUCAAGAUGAAGGAUGAUGAGUCCAUUCAGAACAUGCACACUCGAUUCACAUCUAUCAUCAACGAGCUCCACUCUCUAGGAGAGAUCAUUCCAAGGAACAAACUUUUCAGGAAUAUACUCAGUGUAUUACCUGGUUCCUAG